CGGAAGUAGUUAGUCGGUAAUUUGUGUAUACUGUUUGAUGUACUUUGUGAUACAGUAUAUAAAAAAUCCGUAAUAAAACUAUUAAAAAAAAAAAUAAAUUAUAAAAUUGAAUAAUAUUUUAAUGGAAUAAACACAUAUUUAUAAAGAUUAAUAUUCAAAAUAUCAAUAGAUGUGUAUUUCUUCGAAUAUUGAACAUGUGUAAAAUAUUACGUAGCAAUUUUCUUACUUUCGCGAUAUGUCUUGAAUUGACAAACACAACAUAAAUAAUGUUUGAAGAUGAUAAAUUUUUUUCUUUUUGUUAAUAACCAUUAACCAUUUCGAAAAAUUUAUUUCUAUAUUGUUAUUUGACUAUCAAUUUAUCUUUUUAGUUAACUAUUUUGUAUCUUGAUUUUUCUUGAAAUUAAGUCAAAAACAUGUCAGCAAAUUUAUAUUAAAAUUUUAUGUUAAAUAUAUAAAUAUAUUGUAAAAAUCUAAUGAAAAUCAAUAUUCAAUCAUAUUGAGUUUAUGCGAAACAAAAUUCGAAAAUGCCAAGUAAGGAAAUGAAAUAUGAAAAAUAUAAAAUAUUGUGAAAUUAUAUUGGAUUGAAUGGAUUGAAAUAUGCAGUGUCAAUUUGUUUCAUGGGGGAUGCCCAGCCUACAUUCGCUCGUCAUACGACGAGCUCCACUAAUGGAUAUGGGUACUGCUACUAGUUCUGUGACAUCUGUUAAUUCUUCUAAUAAAGUUGCUACAAACCAGAAAAAAGUUGAUAAAUCUAAUAAACUUACUGGAGUCAGAUUACCUUUAUUGCGUAAAGAAGCCAGUGUUGUAAAUCUUUCUUUAACAGAAAGGACUGCAAUAGGAAAAGGAGUAGAUGCUCCUUUACUUAGACCUGAAAGUAGUGCAAGUUUAGAAGCUCGUGGUAAUAGCUGGUUGAGUCUAGGUCCUGGAGUAUUACGAAAAUGUGAAACUGCUGUGGGUUUAAGCACUUCUGCUUUAGAAGGAAGACCCAUCAAUCGCAGUCGAGUUUGUUCUCGAUGUUCCAGUUUAUUAUCAUUGGCAUCUAGUUCACGCUAUAGUUUAGCUGCAGGCAAUUUUGUUCCUGCAAGUUCUCAACAAGCGCUUGGACGUAUUUUUUGUAAAUUAUGUCUUGUUGAUACUUCUCUUUCUAAAACAUUUAAGAUAGAAGGCUGUGGUUGUUCUUAUUGUAAAGAUUGUAUGAAAGCAUAUAUUGAAUUUGAAAUUGAAGAAGGUGCAUAUGAAAUUAGUUGUCCUGAUGCACAAUGUGAACAUGGAGCAAUACUUUCCAUGAAAGAAAUAUCAAGUCUUGUUAGUUCUGAACUUGUGGAAAAACAUUAUAAAUUCAGAUUAAAUAGAGAUGUGUCUAUGGAUAAAGCACGUGCUUGGUGUCCACGUGCAGGUUGUGAAACAAUAUGUUCUAUAAAUUCUACUGGAUCAAAUGGAACUCCUAUUGGACCAGUUCAUUGUCCUAAUUGUUCUAUAGAUUUUUGUUCUAUAUGUCGAGAAUCUUGGCAUACUGGUCCUUGUUCAGAUAUUUCUUUAGGUAUACCAUUUGAUGGUGAUCAUAUCAAAUGUUGUCCUAUGUGUUCUGUACCUAUUGAAAAAGAUGAAGGAUGUGCUCAAAUGAUGUGUAAAAGAUGUAAACAUGUUUUUUGUUGGUAUUGCUUAGCUUCUUUAGAUGAUGACUUUUUAUUGCGACAUUACGACAAAGGGCCUUGUAAAAAUAAAUUGGGUCACUCACGCGCAUCAGUUAUUUGGCACAGAACACAAGUUAUUGGAAUUUUUGCUGGAUUUGGGUUACUCUUACUUGUUGCAUCGCCACUACUUUUAUUGGCUGCACCAUGUAUUGUAUGUUGUAAAUGUCGUGUAUGUGGAUCAUCUAGACUUGAACAAGAGGAAGGUGACACUGCAACAUAAAGAAAUAUGAAAAGUUUUUUAAUAUUUCUGUAAUUUCUUUCCAAUAUAAUGGAUAAUUAAAUUAGAAUAUUUAACUUGUGCAUGUAAUUGGCGAUUUAUAUAGAUAUACAUUGGAAUUUGGAACAUCAUAAGUUGUAUGACAAAAAAUAUAAUGUAAAAAUUAUAAUCAAUCUAUAUAUCAAAACAUUUAAUUUUAUAAAUGAAUAGAAAUUUAAUAUUUUUAUUUUGCUUUGAAUCAUUUUUAUAUAUUUUACUUAUCAUCAAUAAUUAUUUUUACAAAAAUUAUUUUGACACAUUAUAUUAUUUGUAAACUUAUGAAUUUAAAAGUAUCCAUAUAUUUAUAUAUAUUUAUAUUAUGAUUGUUUUUAUAUAAGAAAUUUACAUUUAUUUAAAAUUACUUAAUAUUUUAGAUUAUGAAGAAUAAUAUUUUUAUUGUUAUCAGAUUGCUGUAAUAUUUUUCAUUUUAAUGUGUCUAUUACAUCAAAUUAUGAAUAUUCAUAUUUUUUGUGUAUGACAUUCCAGAAAAUUAUAUUUACAUUGCAUUAGAUUAACUGCCAUAUUCAAAAUUGCUUUAAGUUUUUUUUUUGUAAAAAAAAUAUGUACCAAAUAAUACUUUUUGUUUUUUUUAUAUGUACGUAAUUUGCAUAUUUAUAUAAUAAUAUUAAUAAUACUCAAUAUUCUUUUCAUGUAUAUUUAAUAUAUUUUUAUUGAAAUAUAAAGAAGAAUAUAAAUAAAAUAAAUAAAUAAAUACAUAUAUGUAAAUUAAUAAUAAGCAAUGUAUAUCUAUAUUUGGUUUCAAAAUUAAGAUAGAAUUUUUUCAAAAUCUAAAUUAUUAUAUUAUAGAUUAUUUUGUUUUGAUUACUUUGUUUACAUAGUUAAAUUAAUUUUGUGUAUAUUUUUUGUAUUAUUUGAUGUGUGAAUAAUUAGCUCUAAUUUGAAAAAUUUCAUAUUUACGAAAACUUGUAAAUUUUGUUAAUACACAUUUGAUACAUAUUAAUAAUUUAUUAUUAAUAAUAUAUUUAUAAAUAUAGUUUUUUGAUUUGAAAGAAAAUUAUUCCAUAUGUAUUUAUCUUAAACAUAAUUUGUUGAUUUGAAUUGAUAAUAGAACAUAGAUUAAAAAUAUGUGCAUAAUAUGUUAUUUAAUAUGUAUUGCAUAAAUAACUAAAAUUAGAUACUUAUGAAACAUAUAAAAAAAAUAUUCUUCAAUUUCUGAUAAUAAUUAUAUAUAAUAGUAUUAAAUCUGUCAAAGUAUUCUUUUUUGUUCAAAAAAAUUUAUUAUACAAUGUUAUUAUGAAUUUAUAUUGUAAUUAAUAUAUACAAUAUAAGAAUAUAAUUAUUUCAUUUUAUAUGUGCAUAAAUAAAUAAAUGAGAGAGUAUAUAAUAUAUAGAUAUGCACAUUAUGUAUAAAUAUACACAAAUAUAAUACUUUUAAUCAUGACAUGAUUAUUUUAAUCAUAAUCAUGUGAUUAGUAAAUAAUAAUAAGUUAAUAAAUAAAAAAUAAAAUAAAUUAUAUAAAACACAGUUUUUAAAUAGAUAUAUUGUUUUCAAUUUAUCUUAUAUUAUUGAUCAUAAUUGUGCAUGUAAAUUAUACUAUUUAAGCAUGUACAAUUUUAAUUGUACUGUGCUAUUGAUUAUAACUUGUAAAUAUACACAUAACAUAUAUAUAUUUAUUAAACAUAUAUGUAAUGCGUAUAUAAAAAUAUCUGUAUCUGUGUUGGUGCAAUUUUGCACAAAAAUCAUUUUAAAUAUCAAAUAUAAAUAUAAAUUAAUAAAUAAUAAUAAUAAUAAUAAAUUAAUAGUUAAAUAGAUGAUUAAGAUAACAAGUCAUUUGCAAUUAAUUAGUUUUACAUCAUUAAUUGUAGAAUGUUGUUUAAACAAUUACCUAAUGUUUAAAAAGUGAUUUUGUUCUUAUGAUCUUGUAUGUUAUAAUUACAUUUGUAUUUAAUCUAUGUUAUUUUUUAAUAAUAGAUUAGGUUUUAAAAAUGCAAGCAGAUAUACAUACAUACAUAUUUUCUAUUAUAAUCUUUAAUGAUUUAAAAAAUAUGGUUUAAACUUGUAUAAAAUUGUAGUAUAUAUAAAUUGUGUAAAUAUUUUACAAGGAAUGAAAUAUGUUUUAUUUUGUAUUGUUUAUUAUUAUAAUACAUUUUAUUAUUCUAUAUAUAAUAAAAUUUAAAAAUUUAUUUGUUCUUUAUAAAAUCAUUUUAGUAAUUGUUUUUAUUACAUGUAUUCUAAUAAUAAUGAUUGUUUAAAAUUACAACAUUUAAUACAUUUAUAAUAAGUGUUUAUAAAAAAAAUUUUAUAUUGUACAAUAUAAUUUAUAGUUAUUAUAUAGAUAUCUUUUUAAAAUAUUUUUUCAAAAUAAUUUAAAUAUGUAUAAUUUUAACAAUUUUUGUAUAAUUAACUUAAAUUUCAUCAACUGAAUGUGCUGUGAAGUAUAUUAAUAACAUAAUAAAAAUGAUUUUUUUAUUUUUAAAUUAAAUUAUGUUUAAAUUAUAGAGUUAAUACUCAUAUUAUUUUAUUAUUAUUAUAAAACAAUUUUUGAUAAAAUUUUAGGCAAUUAAAAAAACAGGAAUAAUUUUAAAAAUAAUACCAAUAUUUAUUAUAUAAUAACCCAUUUAUUAUUUUCUAAUACAAUAUUUUUUUUUAAGAAAAUUUGAAACUUGAUUGAGUUAGAAUUUUUUGGAAUGAAAAAUUUGCAUUUUAAGAUACAAUAAAUUAUGAAUAGAAUUUUUUGUAACAGCAAGUUUCCACUCAAAGGAGUUUCAUAGGGCUGUAUACAUUAUAAAGUCUAUCGUUAUUUAAUGUAUCUUAUUUGCUAAUAUUUGAUGGACCAUGAAUAAGUUAGGAGAUAGUACAUAAUUUAUGUAUUAUAUGAUGAUAAUUCUGUAGUCCUACUAAGAAGCUGUGAUAGAUCUUAGAUAUAUAUUCAUAUAUGUACGCUAAUUUAAAAAAAACUAAUAACAGUCAGUAAUUUAAGUCUAUAUGCUAAAACAUAUUAGUAUUAUUAUAAAAUUAGUUAGUGUCAAAAAUAUGAUAAUAAAAAUUAAUAAAAAUGAGUAAACAUAACAUGGUUGAUAUAUAAAUGGAUUAUUUAAUAAGACCCUUAGCUUUAAAUAAAUCUCUCAUUAAGCCUUUUAAGUACCCAAUUUCUCGUUGUAAAUCUGUUACUUGAUUUUUUAGUUUUUCAUUAUGUUCAGUAAGUUCACGUUCUUCACCUAAUAUUUCUUUUAUUUCUUGUUUUUUCUUCUGUCUAUAUCGUGUGGCUGCAUUCUUAUUUUGUUCUUUUUUUCGAACUUUUUUAUCUUCAAUUGAAGGACGAGAAUAAGGUUUUUGACGAUUUUUUGUUGAAGUACAAGUAGAUUGUUUCAUAUUUUUUUUUUCGGAUUCGAAAAUCCAAUCUGGAUCAU